CAUGGAAUAACCUUUUGACAACUUUUGCCCUUUUCAACCAAAAAAACUGAUCAGCUAACCUAAGCUUCAUAUGUUAAAAGUACCCUAAAAUAUUCAACUACCUAGCUUCUUAUACCAUCCUAGUCUACAUUAAAUAAUAGCAGUCAACUUUUCUUAAGUACAUUUCUUAAAUCAAAUCAAAUAUGAAGUCAAGUACCUGGUUACUUAAACAGAUUUAGAAAAAAAAAACCCAGAAAAAUCAAAUAUGAAGUCAAGUACCUGGUUACUUAAACAGAUUUAAAAAAAAAAAACCCAGAAAAAUCAAAUAUGAAGUCAAGUACCUGGUUACUUAAACAGAUUUUAAAAAAAAACCCAGAAAAAUCAAAUAUGAAGUCAAGUACCUGGUUACUUAAACAGAUUUAAAAAAAAAACCCAGAAAAAUCAAAUAUGAAGUUCAAAAUCAGAUGUGAAGAAAGAAAAAGAAGAAUAAGAAAGACCAAAUAAGAAUAAAAAGAAGAAGAAUAAGAAGAAAGAAAGAAGAAGAAGAAAUAUUCAGUUAAGUCCGCCAUGGGACUGUGCCUAUCCAAACUCUCAUCGGAGCUCCCCCACUCCGACUCCCUCAACGGCGGCCAUGAAAGCCGAGCCGUCUUCUCCGACCAACGCAACUCCACCAAUACUCACACUCGGCCCCACGCUCUCUUCUCUCUCUACUCCCGCAGAGGAACCAGACCUCUCAACCAAGACUCCACAGUUCUCUGUCAGGGUUUCGGAAUGACUGAAGCAACCGUCUGUGCUGUUUUCGACGGCCAUGGACCCAACGACCAUGUAGUGAGCGAGCUGGUCAGGAAUCGCCUUCCUCUUAUUUUACUCAACCAAAGAGUCGUCGUCAACGAAAGUUCUCCCGUGAAAAUGGAAAACAUUGAAUUCAAAUUGGUACCGCCUAAUUUUGAUAUGGAUCCUAAGAUUUGGAAUGAAGCGAUCACCAGUUCGUUCAAAGUUUUGGACGCCGAGCUUGGGAUUCCGCAUAAAUUUGACUUCUCUUGUAGUGGAACCACCGCCGUCGUCGCCAUUGCACAGGUUCAUAUUUAUGAUAAGAGAAUUAAGUUUAUGUUUGUUUAA